AUGGAUAGUUUAAGUGAACAAGAUAAAGCAGACGCGCGUGAGGAGUUCGAAAAUCAGUUGCGUUACGCUUUUGUCAAAUUUGAUUAUCCAGAAGAAGAUGAAGAACCAUCAGAGGUAGGUUUCUCAUCGAAUUGUAUUAAGAUGGACACUGAAAGACAAAAUAAGACUGCAAGACGACAUCAAUUCUUAAAUGAAUUAUAUCGUCUUGCAAUGUAUUGA